AUGGCGGAGACACAGAGCGUCGUGGAGAAAAAGGCAGCCAACCCGAUGCGGGAGAUCGUGGUGAAAAAGCUGUGCAUCAACAUUUGCGUUGGUGAGUCAGGCGAUCGUCUUACCCGUGCCUCAAAGGUGCUGGAGCAGCUGUGCGAACAGACCCCAGUGCUCUCACGCGCUCGCCUGACGGUGCGCACGUUCGGCAUUCGUCGUAACGAAAAGAUUGCCGUUCACUGCACUGUUCGUGGCAAGAAGGCAGAGGAGCUGCUGGAGAAGGGCCUUAAGGUGAAGGAGUUCGAGCUGAAGAGCUACAACUUUUCCGACACGGGCUCUUUUGGCUUCGGUAUCAGCGAGCACAUUGACUUGGGCAUCAAGUACGACCCGUCCACAGGUAUCUACGGUAUGGACUUCUACGUCGUGCUUGGCCGCCGCGGCGAACGUGUGGCGCACCGCAAGCGCAAGGUAAGCCGUGUGGGCUUCAGCCACCGCGUGCGGAAGGAGGAAGCGAUGAAGUGGUUCGAGAAGACCCACGACGGUAUCAUCUUCCAGGCGAAGAAGAAGAAGACCAUGGUCCGCCGCCGCCGCCGUUAA